AUGGAUAUACCAUUUGAAGCUCGGAUCCCUCGCGAUCCCAAGUUCAAAGCCGAAAACAGCAGCGACGCUUUCGUAGCCCUGGCCAAAUGGGCAGUGGAUUACUCAACAGCUGAGGGGGUCAAAGCAGGCUACAAAGCAGCCUUCCAGUCCGGUCAAGAAAGAUUAAGUGGUUUCUUCUCAAGCAUACAAGGUUCAUCUAGCAAAGCUCCGGACUUGCCAACAGAGAAGUUGGUCCACUCGCCACUUCAAGACACAAAGGGAAUUCGUCUUGUUGAGGUUGAAGUUAAUGACUCUAUUCUUUCUCUGACUAUGAACACUUACUCCGCAUCCGAGAUACCGCCCUAUGUCUGCCUCUCUUACGUGUGGGUUGAUUUCGGACCGAUGUGGAAUCGCGGUCGUGACUUUCGCGAGUCUGAGCUUGAGGUUCCUCACUUCAGCCAUGACGAUAAGGUCGAUAUAGCAAUCAAUGGCCGCAGAUUUCCUAUCGGAGCCAACUUGCAUGCUGCGCUACUUGGCCUACACAAAUACCUCAACGGAACACCUAUUUGGACUGACGCCGUAUGUAUUAACCAAGAUGACCCGGCUGAAAAGACUGUCCAGGUAGCUCGCAUGGAUGAGAUCUACAGUGCAGCUGAAAAAGUCUUUAUCUGGCUCGGUAGGAAGCACACGGAACGAACAGCCGCGAUGAGCAUUCUUAAAGCAUGGCCAGCAUUUCCAGAAGACCCAAAUCAUGCUGAUAUCCAAUUCCAUGGGAAGAAGUACACAACUGCAAAAGGAUUUUUCGACGCAACUUCGACGGGCUCAGAGCUUAUAUCAUGGCUCAGCCUCCUCCGCAUGGUCUCGGAGAGUUGGUGGAGUCGAGUUUGGACUGUCCAGGAGUUCAUCCUCGCAAAAGAAUACGCUUUCUAUUACAAUGGCGAGGAAGUCCCGGCGUCAGAGUUGAAGAAGGCGAUGGAUUGGACGUACUUUGUUGCGAGCUACUUCUCGCCUAAAAUGGUGCCUCACUGGGUGACCUUUCAGCCUUCGAUGUUUGAAUUGAAGAAAGCUGGGAGAAAGCUCCAUCUUCUUGAUGUGACGAUGCUUGGAGGGACUAGGAUGGCUGGCGAUCCGCGCGACAAGGUCUGGGCAUUCCUCGGUAUCACUGACCCGGCAACUCUUGGCCAAACACCUCUCAAACCAGAUUACAGCAAUCGAAAUAUGGGCGACUUCUACCUCGACAUAGCGCAGCGUCUUAUCAAUGGUGACGCAGGCCUUCUAGUUUUGUCUCUGGUCUAUCAUCCACUUCCUCGGGGGUCUUAUAAGUUCGAGUCAAAGAAGCCAAUCGGCAACAGGCUGCUAGAUAGGCAUAAGGCAAAGAAGCGAUUUCCUAAAAAGGAGCCAGAUUGGGCGCCGCUGCAAGAAGAUAUCUUUGAUGGUGCCCUCCAGCCGGAUUGGUCUGGGAAGGAAGUUGGCUAUCCAAGUUGGGUCCCGAAGAUGGCGAGUGCCGUUGCGACUGAGCCACUGUUCCUGAAGGAGAUGAAGGCUCAAAGAGCUCGGGGUAGACCGCUGUAUGAUCAUAAUUGGCGAGUCUUUCAUGCGGCGUCUAAUGUAAAGGGUGGUUACUCGUUAUCCGGAAACGGAAGAACACUCUCAGUGAGUGCCUUUGUCUUGGAUAGAAUCACCAAGGUUGCCCCUUUGCCCAAGAAAAAAGAAGACGAGAAGGCCUUCUACAAGAGUCUUCGGUCAUGGUACCCAGGGAGGACUCGUCUCGUCGACAUAGCUUAUCCGCCCAACCCUCCCACGACCGUCCCGGAGGCGCUCUGGCGAACCCUCUUGACGGACAUAUGGCUCACUACCCAUCCAGCACCUGAUGCUUGCAGCGAUCACUUUGCAAAUUAUCUUGCUCGUAUCUCAGACUCUGCUUCAGAUGCUAAGCGUGAUCUUCGAUCCAAGCAGAAGCCUGAUCCAGAGGAGGGAGACAUCUUUACGAUUGCGGUGGAUGAUGCUGGGACUGAUAGAGUGCUUUUUGUAACUGAGAAGGGAUACUUGGGACUGGGGCCAGCGAGGACAGAAGUUGGGGACGAUGUGAGCCUGAUUGCUGGGGCGCAUGUACCGUUCGUGCUGCGUAAAGGAAAUCAAGGGUGGAUUUUGGUUGGGGAGACUUAUGUACAUGGAGUGAUGUAUGGCGAGGCUGCGUUCCAGGAGUACUUCCAGAAGAUUGAGAUUGUUUGA